CCGGAAGUGUCUUGAACGUGAUACCAAAACAAGCCUGAGAUCUGAAUUCACAAUAUUUGACGAAGUUAUUGAGACGCACAUGUCUUCAUAUUCUGAGGAUAAGGCGGCGAGCUCCUUUGGCUCCUUCCCAAAGGGCUUCGGCUAUGGCCCUGACGAGAACGACACCGAGACACAAGCAGCGUCUUCAGAAUACAAACCCAGAAUUCUACUCAUGGGUUUAAGAAGAAGUGGAAAAUCGUCCAUACAGAAAGUUGUGUUUCAUAAAGUGUCACCAAAUGAAACUCUCUUCCUAGAGAGCACGAACAAGAUUGUCAAAGAAGACAUCACCAACUGCUCCUUUGUGAAGUUCCAGGUGUGGGAUUUACCUGGCCAGAUUGACUUCCAUGAUUCUAUAUAUGAAGAAUGUGAAGCUAUUAUAUUUGUCAUAGACUCCCAGGAUGAAUACAUGGAUGCCCUGGCCAAACUUAAUGCUACCGUAUCCAAAGCUCAUCGUAUUAACCCUGGCAUCAAGUUUGAAGUCUUCAUCCAUAAAGUGGAUGGUCUAUCUGAUGACCAUAAGAUUGAAGCACAGCGUGAUAUCCACCAUAGGGCUUCUGACAACCUCGCAGAAGAGGGUCUAGAAAAUCUCCAUCUAAGUUUUUAUCUUACGAGUAUAUAUGACCACUCGAUAUUUGAGGCAUUUAGUAAAGUGGUUCAGAAACUGAUUCCACAGCUGCCUGUGAUGGAGAACCUACUAAAUAUACUGAUUUCUAAUUCCGGUAUAGAGAAAGCGUUCCUAUUUGACGUGAUCAGUAAAAUCUACAUCGCCACAGACAGUUCGCCAGUGGACAUGCAGACAUAUGAAAUCUGCUGUGAUAUGAUUGACGUAGUUAUAGAUAUGUCACAUAUAUAUGGUGUAAAAGAUGAUGCAGCAUUUGACACAAAGUCAGCUUCAAUCAUCAAACUGAACAAUGGAACAGUGAUGUACCUAAGAGAGGUCAACAGGUAUCUAGCUCUUGUCUGUAUCAUGAGGGAGGACAGCUUUGAAAAACAAGGUGUGAUAGAUUACAACUUCCUGUGUUUCCGACAAGCUAUUCAGGAUGUGUUUGAGGUCAAACCAAGUUCAGGACAUGCUUCGUUGGGUUUGACCUCGCCAAGUGACUUUCCACAAGCAAAUGGUGCGAUAAAGUGAUCAAGAUGAGGGUUGAAUAACGUGGUUUAUCUAAAAAUACAUCGACAUGUACAGUUGACAAAGAAGAAGAUGGGGGUCGCCAUAUAUGCGAGAAUAAACUGUCGGGGUCAGGUGUGAAGUCAGGAGGUGUUAAAUUGUUUAUUAAGUGCUUUAUACAAUGUGUUUUUAUUUUUGAUCAUAAUGAGAUUAAUUAUGAUCUUGUUAAUAACGGCUAAUCAUGAUGAUGAUGAUGUUGAUGGUGAUGAUGAUGAAAAUUUAACUCGGAGAGUGCUAUAAUUAAUUGAUCAUGGAUGAAAUGUUAUUAGAAAUGAUAUUUAACAAAGUAUUGGGUAUUCAAUCAUUCACUGUAUUUAUGGUCAUGGAAGAUAUGGAUGCCAUUUGUGUUUACAGAAGAGUAUGAAUUUUUGUCCUUUCCUCGUCAUGUAAUCAUUUAUGUGAGUGAUUUUGGUGUAAGGAUUGUCGAGGUCAUGCGACUAUUUGUACGGGUGAUAUUCGUGUUAUGUAAGCCAAGUCAUGGGAUUCUAUGUGAGUAGGAAAUAUCAGUGUUAUGGCUGUAAGAUAGCCAAUAUACAACCCUAUUUGAACUUUAUGUAAAUCUUGUUUAAGAAAAUGUUGAUUUUAUAUAUAUAUAUAUGCAUGCAUGUGUAUUUAUAAAUCCAUUGUACUCUGCAGCAGCUUAUGUUGUGGUUUUGAUUAUUGCAUAGUGACAUGAAAAAUAUCAAGUUGCCAUAUAUAGUGCAAUGUUUUUUUUUAUAACUACAUGUACACCGUAUUUGACUUGAUAAGAGCACCAGCUGCCCCCUAUAAGUGGACCCUCACCUUUUUUUCUGGAAAAGAGGAUGAGUGCACUUAUUGAAAGAUAUAAAAAGUUUCUUACCUCACUGUCUGCCAAUAUAAUUAUCAGUGUUAAAACCAUGGGCUCUGGAUUGUUUUCAUAACAUAAAGGUAUGUAAAACGAAAAAGUAGUUGUUAUUAUCCACCAAGAUUUCACUUAGAAUCUUUCCCAGUACUGUGCGUCCCUUUCGUGUUUUUUCCAUGGUGCAACAUCCAUCAAUAUUUCCUUUAAAUUGCUACUUGUCCUGAAUGUCUGAUUGGAUUUUGAUGAAAUUUGGUGUGGAACAUUAUUGGGGAAAUGGAUUCAUUGUUGUUGAAAUGGAGGGUAUAUGUAUGCAUAUGGGUCUUCUGGAGCCGGUGAAAUGGGGCCCAAUAGGAGAAAUAGAGGUAAACCCUUAAAAUCACUACUCGCUCAUCCUGAGUGACAUUAUAUAAUCAUUGGGCAAUUGAGAUCCAUUGUCGUAUAAAUGAGGAGUGAGGCUCGGCUGGGGCCUGAGAGAUGGGGCCCAAAAGGAAAUAUAGCAAUUUUUUGAAAAGUAGGAAAAUAUUUGUGAUAAUUUAAAUGAGAGUAUUUGUCCAUGAUUACUGAAAUAUCUAGGUGAGUGAUGCAGGCCCUCUGAGCCUGUUUUUUUUAAGCACACAUGGUGCAUAUUUGGUAAAAUAAUACAAUUCUUACAUUGUAAUAGACAAAUUCAAAGUCAAAAUUAUGAAUGAAAUUGCACAUUGUAAACUAGGCGAGUGAUGCAGGCCCUCUGAACCUCUUGUUUAAAGUGCACAAUGCACUUAUUAGGUCAAAUACGGUCUAUACAAUAUGUAUAUUAAAAUUGACAAGUUCACAAUCAAAAUUACUACUAUUUAGAUGAUAUUUUUAGAAUCUAUAUGUAUUUACAUUUCAUGAUUUUUUUCCAUUGGUUUAUGUAAGAUUAGUACUUGUGUGGUCCUUGUCAUAACAGUCCCAUUUGCAAUGGCAUUUACAGGCUGAUGAUUGCCACUUAUAUUUUUUGCCCCAGUAGCUUAGUAUGCUUAUUUUUUUGGAAAUUCUUUAAUUUAGAUAUGUCCAUAGAAAAGUAAUAUUUGAAAUAAAGACAGACAAUAUCUUCCUUAAUUUCGUUUAUGCUUUCCUGUGGAAAAGUGUUAUGUAAGGAAUAUAACGCUUAAUUUAAUGGAUGUUAAUUAUAAUGAAACUAGGGCCUGGUAAUUGAUAUGAAUGUAUGUCGUGAAAAUGUAAAUAAAUGGCUUUAAAGAACAAGUGUUGGAUAGGAUCAGCUCCCAACUUGUAUAACACCAGACUUUCCUAAGUAACAAACUUUUAGAUGAUUAUAUUCUAGGAACAAUUGCUUUUUUUACUGAUGACAUGGAAAUAAACUAUCACCAAUAUAAUUUAAAGAUUACUAAAUUAAGUUUUUGGCAUUCAUGUCAGUAUGAAUGCAAAUCUAAGACUGUGUCCCAUAUCUAUGUAACUGAUUUACAUUUAUAUGGUACGACUCCUCCGUCUGUCCAUUAUGAGUUAUAAAAUCCUCGACACUCCAGGGGCUACUUUCACCUUUGCUGUCUCCACCACCUGGAAUACCUUUCAGCAAAAACAUAGGCUAACAACUACGGUAUUUUAUUGGUAUCAAGGGAAAGUAUAAUCUGACCAAUCACUAAGCAGAUGCAUUUUUGUUUUAAGAUCACAGAGGAGCGAGAACUAAGUUCAAAGCCAGUUAAUUUUCUGUGUAGUAGUUAAAUUUCAUGGGGUUAAAAUAUCACGGUUGUCCCCGUAUGACCUAGUUUGCGGAUAUUGAGUUCUGUAUAACCAAUCUUGUGAACAAAAUACUGCAUUGACUUUGAUCUUCUUCCAAGGAUUUGCUAGUUUAUAUAAAUAUUCACUAGAUUUUUAUUUUCGUGCUAUAUUUUUUAUGACGAAUACAGUGAUAUUUAAUCCCCUGUGAAUAUCACCAACUACCAACGGUAUAGCUACGGAGAUUCAUUUGAUGUACACAAUAGGAACAAAUUAAUCUUUUUUAUUUUAUCCACAAGAUAGAGAUAUGACUAGGCCUUCAAUUGUGCUAUGACAUUAAUGUAACCACUGGAGUUAUGACGAUGACUUCAGGGGUGCCGAGAGUGUAACCCUUGGAGUGACGACAAUGACUUCAGGGGUGCCGAGAGUGUAACCCUUGGAGUGACGACAAUGACUUCAGGGGUGCCGAGAGUGUAACCCUUGGAGUGACGACAAUGACUUCAGGGGUGCCAAGAGUGUAACCCUUGGAGUGACGAGGAUGACUUUAGAGUUGCCGAGAGUGAAACCCUUGGAGUGACGACGAUGACUUUUGAGUUGCCGAGAGUGAAACCCUUGGAGUGACGACGAUGACUUUUGAGUUGCCGAGAGUGAAACCCUUGGAGUGACGACGAUGACUUUUGAGUUGCCGAGAGUGUAACUCUUGGAGCAAUGAGGAUGACUUCAGGGGUGUUGAAAGUGAAAGUGAACAUAACCCGCUAGAGUCCCGAGGAUGUUUUCGUAUAAAAAAUCUUGUGUGAUAUCCAUGUUAUGAUGAGUUAAGUGUAUAAAUGAUUGAGAGAGAAAAGUGUAUCUCUGUGCCUGUCUGUGUGGAAGUGUUUACCAGUAGUUGCCGGGGUAUUUAUAUGUGAUUAAUUGUUUAAAGAAAAAUGUAUAUCACGACUUUGAUAAACAUUACCGGUAUAUAAGCAUUCGCCAUUGUAUAUUGUUGCACUUGUUUAAUAUCUGAUCAAUGUACGAGGCUAAACCUGUUUGAUAUAAAUAUAUAUCAAAAUGUGCUUUAAAAAGAAAACAUUUUUCUUUUUCACAUUCAAACCUGAAUAAAAAGAUACAUCUGAAA